ACAGUUGAAGAUUGGAGUGUUGGAGCGUUGGAGCGCUCCUUGGGCAUCUUGGAGCGUUUUUGUACUUUGUACGUCCAUGUAGAAGCGCCUCAGUGCGGUGGCGGCUGCGAAUACGAGUGUGAAAUGCAUUCACUAGUUGCUUCAGCUGCAGUCGAGGUUGGAGUCAUUGCAAAGUAGCCACCCGCUGUGCGUUUGCAAACUUCUGAAGUAUCAUUAAUUCCGUAGUGCCUUAGAUAGAGCAUCAUCGGUCAACGCCUUUUUGACCACUAAACCAGAGUGACGAAAUUGUUAAUAAGUGUGGCAGUGCGCUUUUGUUUCAUGAGAAGCGGUUGCUUAUCUCCUCUUUGAAUAUCCGGACACAACGUUAUCGGAGCCGCUGUUUGAGAUAUUGUACAGUGUCCGUAAAAAUGGCGAACGUCGCGAUAUUAUCUCGAUGGCCCAAAGGAAGCACCGUUGGAGAAGGCUUAAAUGACAGUUUCAUUGAUCGUCCAGCAGCAAAAUCGUAGUCACAAUCAAAACCGAUCCACAGCUCGGGACUACUCCCUGCCCGCCCGCUCGGUUCAUUUGCUUUGGAAUUUUUGUACGCACACAGCGUCACAAUUGAUAGCCGUCCUGCAAAAUUGCAACAACAGUUGCGAUCGCGUAAUCGCAGUGUCUCCCCGAUACCGGUUAGUCAGCCCCUUCUCGAGCGGCCAUUCGAGUUGGGAAUCGCCAUUCAGAUUCAUCGCUUGGCAGUGCUUAAUGAUCGAGUAGGCUCCCCUCGUCUGCGCCCUGUCCCCGCACAGUGUAUGACGCCCUGUGUAAAUUUAUAUUGACUCAAUUUAAAGUUUGCUCGCGGUCCGCGCUUGACUCUUAUUGUUGUUAUCGCGCCUUCUCAUUCUCAUCAAUAUAACGAACCAACGAUUAUAGCUGGUACAUUCAUUGGAUUUUUAAUUUUUUUCGGGUAAAUGAAUGAAAUGGAAUGAGCAAGUGAUUUUUGAUGAGGUUGGAUUUUUCCGAUCGGGUUUCUAUUAUUUUAUGGUGAAAGUGUGGAAGUUCCGUGUGUUCUUCAGAUUCAAUGAGUCCCUUCAAUAAUGUCUAGGCCCGGCGAGACUGAGGGAUCUUUAUUGAAAGAAAUAUCGAAUUGGAAUUCUUGCAGCUGCAAGCCAUGCCAACUCUUAUCCUCUACCCCGCGCAACUCAGUCAGUAUGCACUCUGUCGACGUCAGACGACUUGCAGCAUUGUCUGAUUUCAACUUUAAACAUGCACCCAAUUCAUAUGUAAGAAUGUGCAAAAGCUCUGUUCAAGACAUUGGGAAAAUUUUUUGAGUAAAGGAGGCGAUGAGGCCGAUUAGACUUUAUUGACUUAGAUUUCUGCCCACAUGUAUGCUAAACAGACGUCUUACGUAGACAUGUAUAUAAGAUUUGGGAAAUUGUUUCUAUAGUGAUGAGAGUAAAAAUCAACAAAGAUCUUUUCAUUGAAGCUGCACGAUUGUCAUGAUCCGGGUGGAACAGCAACUGCAAAAACUAAAUCUCCAAAUCGCACCAUGGAUGGAACAAAGCUGAUAUCAACUGAAAAUUAUGGACUUAAUGCAGCAAACACUAUGAUCGAUCAUUAUAACCUUCAGCAGCAAUUGAACUACACGGAUAAUCGGGAUUCUCCCACAAUAGGCGUUAGUAAUGUAGCGAAAAUGACAUCAGCGUCGAUUGCAUCAAGUCGUUUAUCAUUAACAAUAUCAGAAUCAACCCCCAUGGCAGCUGGAGACGACACAAAUGCGUCGCAAACCACCACAAUGAGAGUAGCGACUGAAAAUAUUAAUAAUAACAAUAAUAAUAGCAGCCAUAAUAAUAACUCAUCAUUUUCCAAUGUGUUGACGAUAACUGGAACGUCAUCGGCUAACGAUCACAAGUACCUGCAUAAAAAGUUCAAGCGUGUUGCCAGUACCACUUCUGAGAAUAGUUCAUUAACAAUAUCGAAUGCUGCAGAAGAUAGCGAUCAGAGCGAUAAUCGAUUACUUCAGAAGCAGUCCCAAAUAUCUGAUGAUAGCGAUCUAAACAAUAGGAGCAAUAUUGCAUGCAGUAAGGUUACUAACCGGCUAGAGAAGGAUCACGUAGUCAACAGAGAUUUACUAGCAGGGUCGGACGGCACGAAAGCGCUUCAUUUAAGGUUGGAAGUGGUAAAGGAGCAUAAUAACAGAUUAAUUGAUAAUGAAGAGCCUGCAGGCAGCAGUUAUGCUAUAGUCAAUGGUUGUGGGCGCCUGACACCUCAGUUCCAAACUGUGGAAACUAUUUCUAUCGCUGACACAGGGUAUGGUAGCGAUGGUGAACUUAAGUCAGCAACAACUAGCGGUAGUGUUGCGUAUAAAGUAGGUGAUACUGCCGCACAGUCUAUACUAUCAGCGAACCACCAUACUGUCAAUAAUCAUGCCCUGAAUCGGAUGCCACAAACGCUUUCGGUGGGCGCACCAUCUCGAAAUUCGCCUAGUGUUAGUAGUAGUGAAACUUCUACUUUCCGAAAUGCCGGAAAUUAUGAAAGCAUGCAAAAUUCUUCAAAACUCCCCUUAGCAUCGCAACAAUCGUCACACAUGCCAUCGCCUCAUUCACCUCAAUCACAGCAACAAUUACAAUCGCAACAGCAGCAGAGAUUACACGUUCGCAACGAUCUGCAGCAGUUGCAACAACAACAGCAAGUAGUAGUGGACCAAAACAAUUCAGGAAGGCAUUCUUGCCCUUUUUGUAAUCUGAAUUGUACAAAACCAUCGGUUUUACAGAAACAUAUCCGUACACAUACUAAUGAACGACCAUAUCGAUGUGACAAAUGCUGUUUUGCAUUUAAAACGAAAAGUAAUUAUUAUAAACAUUGCAGAUCACGGUCACACACCCUUCGUGUCAAAGGAAUCGAACCUCAACCGGAAGAUGAAAAUUCAAUUGGCUCGGAUCCGGAUCCUGAUCCUGACGUUAGUAACAGUAGUUCUGAUAUUUUAAGUCGAACAGCCUCUCCGCUUGAUGAAAGGACUUGUUCGCCUGCCAUACAAUUUCAAACAGGUGCCAAUACAGCUGUAGUUGCUGGUAAUCAACAGCAUACGAAAUAUUCUGUUGAUAAACCUUACAAACCGAAAUUCCACAACGCCGCACUCUACACAAAAGAAGAAUAUACAGCAAAUCAACAAAAACAUCAACAGCAAAUAUUGCAAUUUCAACAGCACCAGCAACAACAAAUAUUGCACCAAUCACCGCAAAUAUCGCAGCAAAUGCCACACCAACCAGCACAGCAAUCACAUCAAACUCAACUGAAUUCGUAUCGUACGAGUCAAAAUUCACAUCCAUCCAGGAUUCAACAUCAGGAAACGGACAUUCCAAUAUACUUUCAACAGCAGCAACAUCAAACACAGCAUCAAUCCCAUCAACAGCAGCAGUCUACAAAAAAUCCAAUAGAGUACCCAACCCAAAGAAUUCAAACUACACAAGCUACUCCUAUUCGACAAAUGUCUACUUCGGUAGUGGCAACUAGUUUCGCGGCUGACCAUUCUGCACGUGAAUCAACGAACACGUCGAGUAUUCCAACGUUGGGUCGGAGCCUUUCUGGGGGAAUUGGUGGCCAUCAAUUGAAUGUUGAAGCGCACAUUUCUUAUUUAAUUUCUCGCAAUGAGGCCAUCGUGAAUAAGGAGUUGCCGUUGCAGAAAAAGUAUCCAAAAGUUUCAAGUAAAUCCAAGAAUGCUACAAUAAUGUCCAACACAAAUUCGAAGCUAGCAUAUACACUGAACAAUAAACAACAACAACAGCAACAAGCCCAUCAACAUCAACAGCUAACACAACAGCAACCAAAUCUGCUUACCGUUUCCACCAAUGGUUUGCCUGCCGUCAACGCACCACUACAGAAAAUUGCAGUGCAUUCACAGCAACCUCAAGUCGCUCCUUUACAAAUUCAACAACAACAGGUUCAGCAACCGACGGAGCCUGGGUCAACGACGACUCAACCGCUAAAUCUGUCAAAAGUGAGCGAGCAAGUUGAUUUGUCUAGAAAACGUGUGCCAAGUGAUAACUUCACUUCCGCAAGUGUUUCUGAGAGUAGUGCGUCUACAAGUUCCAACAAGAAUAUGUCACAUCCGCAAAAUCCAGAAAGAUCGAUAAUAAAACAUUUGCUACUGAAUGCACGGGGACAAACUGUUCCCAGUGGCGCGGGUGACGAAGAAACAUAUACAUGCGUUUUAUGUAAAAUGGAGUUCCAUUCGUCGGAGGAUCUACGUUGCCAUGUUAUUCACUAUUGUCAAGGCGGACCGUCAAGUGCCCCAAUGAGUCCCGUCGGUUCAUCCAGCUUCAAAUACUCUCGUUCGAAUUCAAUUAGUGUUAAUUUACCUGAAUUGAACAAUCCAAAUUCAUUAGCAAAGUUGGCGCGCUCAAAGUUGUUAUUGUCUCAAAAUCCGCGUUCGUUAGCAAAGCUGGCGUGGUCGCAACUGAAAACCAAACCAAGUAAUCUAGUUCUGACACAAUUGAGUGUAAAUACAAACUCAACACCCACCUCAAGUAAUAUUCAACCAAACACGAGUAGUUCAAACACGCCACAAAAGCUAACUGAAACGCCAUUACCGUCACCAGGGCCUUUGCUUGGAAAGACUCCACUGGUUGAAGCCUAUAACAACUCGGAACGCAAGUCUGACGAUGUGAUCAUCAUGAAAAUGCACGAAGAAAAUCGACAAUUCCUAAAAAGUUCUUCACCGAAGCGUUUAAAAUUCGAUGGUUACCCGCAGCCAAUCGUGACAUCGUCGCCAAAUACUGCAGUGGCAAUGGACGUGCCAGGCCCAUCACAUGUGACUAGAAUGUUUUCGAUGUGCGGUGGUGAUGUGACGCCACUAGAAAAGAAAGAUGAGCCAAUGAAGCGAUUUUUCUCAUCCGGAGGCUGUAUAAUUCCUUUGUCGGAGUGUCCUGAUCUAGAGAACAGUCCAAAAAUUAUACGAACGCCGUUGUUCUCAGGAGGUAGUUUCACUGAAAUUUCACCAAAACCUGCAGUGCCUCAAACACCGAAAGUAAUAAUGCCUAUACCGCCACCAAACAUUACACCUGGUGUACCAGCACCAAUAAUUAAUGCUGCCAACUUGACGCGAUUCCAGUUCCCGCCGAUAAAUUCAAUAACUGCAUUCAAUCCGUUAACACUGCCCCCGGUUUCAGUUAGCGCAGUGCUUCCCGCAUCUGUUUCACAUGGAGAUAAAAUUAUUCCAUUUGUGCCAGGCAUUCCGGGACCAAAUUCACUUGCCGCACAGCACAUGACUUUGCAACCACCAAAAGCCAUAGAUAGGAUGGAGUUAAAUAGAAAUUUGAGCCCAAAUCGAAAGAAAACCCCUAGUCCGCUGGUUCAACCGGGGUUGCUUUACUCAACUCAAAAGCAGUCAACUAGUCGCGUAGAAGAUGAAUCGGAACGCAGUAUGGAAUUCUUCCCUACUCAAAGAAGUCCUAGAAGCUGGGUACCACCAGUGGAACCGCCUCCUAAGAAGUCAUUUAAUUUUACUAGAAUAGCUGAUAAUCUAAGCCCACGAAAAACGCCAGCUGAAAAGCCUGCCAAAUCUCCGGAGCCUGUGAGACAUUUCAAUUUUGAUAAACUGGAAAAGAGUCGGAAUGAAUGUAGUUCGACAACUAGUCAAAUGAUGCCUCUUCAUGUGGAUGUGUCAUCUUCUAGUUCAUCGAGAGAAAGAGAACAGCUGAAUGUAACUUGCGCUGCUUCGAAUACACCUGAGGCGAAAAUAGGAACAAAGUCGAAAUUUUUAAGGCCAACCAGCCUGCCAUUAAAGCCGGGAACCUUCACUCCUAAGUGCCACCACGGUAUCACACCGACGGCCAACACUUUGCCUUUAAUUUCUCCCGAAACGCCACGUCCCUCAAAGGCAUGUGUGCAGUUGUAUCUAAAUGGGCAUGCCUAUACGUAUUUAGGCUUGAAGAGUAGUACGAAAAUGUUCUAUUGUACGGUAAAUUGUCCGCAGCCAUCGUAUAUUGCGAAUAUGAAUCGACUUUCCAUGUACAGCGUUUGGCAAGUUUGCGCGGAAAAUAAUCCGCAUCCUUUGGGCCUGAAGCCCAAGGCCGUUAUGUCACUCUAUGAUUCACGUCAGCGAAAUCUUUCUUUCUCAACCGCUACGAUUAAAUGCACAGUAAAGACGGUCCGUUCACAACCGACUGUCAUGACUCCAUUCGAGAAUAACAACGGGCAGUUCUACUACCAUCAGAUUAAAUCCCUACCGGAACAACCGACAAAGGGGGAUGGUAAUCAAAAGUGUGGAUCGUCCUCAAAUAAUAGGCUAGUCGGUGGCUAUGAAAGUAAUGAAAAUUACACUUACGUACGAGGUCGAGGGCGGGGAAGAUAUGUUUGUUCCGAAUGUGGAAUUCGAUGUAAGAAGCCGUCAAUGCUUAAGAAGCACAUUCGCACUCAUACCGAUGUUCGGCCAUACACAUGUCAACAUUGUUCAUUCAGCUUCAAAACAAAAGGCAAUCUAACUAAACAUAUGCAAUCGAAGACGCAUUAUAAAAAGUGCCUUGAACUGGGCAUUAAUCUAGGUCCAAUGCCGGAAGGAGAGUUUAAUGAGAACGAGUUCGACACGGACCAACAAUCGAUAAACUCUGGGGGCGGCCGAACUUCUUCUGUUCCUGGGGAAUCAGAUUCGGACGAAUACAGUGAUGGGAAUGAAGGUGAAACUGAAAGCAGUGAUACAGACGAAUCUAAAUCACGUCUGGCAGAGCACGAGGCUGCCCGGAGCCUACUCUCCCUUUCCAUGACACCGCCCAGUAACCAAGCAGCUAUAUCUCCCAACCCAUUCAACCAGCAACAACAGAAAAUACAAUAUUCGGCAUAUCGGGACCAACAACAAACUCACCAAUUCAUAGACGGUGCAUUUCAAAAUGUGAGUGGACGGCGUUCUUCAGAUGAACCUCUUCAGACUCAAAAUCGUCGAGUAAUUUCAUUCACUUCACCAAAACCUCCUUUCGACUAUCAGAAACAAGAGCAGUACUUUUCCAACCCGAGCUUGAGUUUGAAGCCAACAAGAACUGAGGAUACGGCAAUGAAGCCGAUUGAUUUGACAAAACCGAGAAAAAUGGAUCAUGCACGGUCGAUUCUAAUACCUACGCCCCCUCGAAUUGCUGAGUUUGUAUGUGAAGUUUCAUCAGAGUCCGGACUGAUUAAAUCAUUAGUUUCGAAUACUGACAAAAUCAGGCCUACAAUGGAACAUUCAUUCAUACAAGAUGCAGUCAAAUUUAAUGAAAAUGUGCAAUUGCAAGCUUAUUUGACGGAACAAGCUUUGAGAUACACGAAAAUCAAACAGAGUCAAAUGAAUAAAACAUUUAGUAGCGUACCGCCAUUGGUAACUUCAUCUCCUGCUUCCAGUCCCUCUAUUCCCAUCAUAACAAUUACUGAUGUAAGUAAGGCUAACACGUUGUCGAUGUCGUACAACGAAGAAAUAAAUACAACGACGGUAACAACCAGUUCAUAUGUGUGCCAGCCCAUUACAUCGCCAACAAUCCCGAGGAUUUCUGCGCCAAAUACAAUGACAGCGGAAAGUGAAAGCAGCACAUCCUGCGUAUCUGUCUCAACAUCUAAUACGGUUUUAGAUAAUCGAAUAGAGAACGGAGAAGUUGAGAGUCCGUCGGAAGAAGCUCAAGAAACUUUAGGCACUGCUUCUUCUAAGCUUUCAGCGACACCGAGUACAAGUAGCGCGAAAAGCGUCGCUUCGGAGUAUUUGAAAAUGACCUCAGCAGAAUCGCGCAUCAACCGUGCAGAGGAAAGCGAAGAUAGUUGCUCUGACCAAGAACUAAGUACAGCUGAAAUGGGCCCGAAACCUGCAUCUGAUUUCACAGGUAUAGUUCCACCUACCGUUAUUGUCGGUGAAGAUGGCUUCAAGAGUUCAAAUGAAGUGCAACCGAUGUUCAGAGUGCACCUUUCUGAUGAUGGACGGCCUGUGUGUAAAAUUUGUUCGAAAACGUUCCAAAAGCAUCAUCAAAUGGCUUUGCAUAUGAACAUCCAUUAUAUGGAGAGGAAAUUCAAAUGCGAACCAUGUGCUGUGAGCUUCCGCACUCAGGGUCAUCUGCAGAAACAUGAACGUUCCGAGGCGCAUAAGAACAAAGUGAUGAUGAAUUCCACAUUUGGUGUUCCGACGACUUCAAAUCCGCGCCCAUUCGAAUGUUCAGAUUGUAAGGUGGCUUUCCGAAUACACGGGCACCUAGCAAAACAUCUACGCUCGAAGACACAUGUUCAGAAGCUGGAGUGUUUGCAAAAAUUGCCAUUUGGCACGUAUGCUGAAAUUGAACGAGCUGGCAUCAGCUUAACUGAAAUCGACACAACUGAUUGCGAUAAUUCCUUAGCUAGCCUCCGGGAAUUGGCGCAACGCUUGAUAGAAAAAGAUCCUACUAAAAUGGGUACGUACACGAAACCUUCAUGCAUUGACGGUGGCACGAAUUCACAUGAAAGCGGAAGCGAAGACAGUCCUGAGGCUUUACCUUUGCCUAAUGAUGCAACGGAUGCAUCACCUGGACUAAGCUCAAGUCAUGGAUUAUCAGGAACCGGAUCAACAUCAUCCGUAGACAGCCCGGGGGGCAUGAAACGGAAGUUUGAUUCAUUCAGUAGCUGCAGCAAUGAUUCAACGUCUAACGUUACAAGUCAAGCAACGGUUGCGACUUCUGAUGGGACAAGUGAAAAACGAGUGAGGACUAACAGUGACCCUUAGUGCCAAAUUUUCAAUUGUUUUUAUUAUUACUAUAAUUUUUAAGACAGACUAGAUAAAAACGGAAACACGAUAUAGCACAUAGAUAAUGUACAGGUUAAGAAGCUUUGGAAAAGGAGCUUGGUCCUUCGUCACCUUGCUUUCAACAAGAUACAUUUGUUUUUAUUUUAGUUAAAACGUUAAGUUUUAAGUGAUCUUUUUUCGAAAAGUUAGAUUUUGUUGUUAUUAUUGUAAGUAUGUAGCUGUAUGCAGAAUAUGAAACCCUAAGGAGACUCUGAUUUUGUAUUAGACAUAAGUUAAAGAGAAUUUUUUAUUUCUUGUGUUUUAUGACGAAGAUGAUUCAAGAGAUAAAAUGAAAUGGUGAUAUAAAGAUUAUUUUGAAAUUUA